AUUUCUUAUUUGGAAGAAAAGGAUAUUGUGCAAGGAUAGAGUGGAGCUUCUUCUCCGUUUACUGUUGCUGGCUUGCCGCAGGCGAGCGAGCUCACUUCAACUGAGAUUUCAGAGGCUGAGGUAUAAUAAUCAGUUCCUUGAAUCUUUUUGCCUAUGCGUAUCCCUGUGAAUGUCAACGAAUAUCCAGAAACCAUCUCCAACAAUUUUCUUGAAGUUCUCAUCUGAGCUGAAAUCUGAAAGACCGUUCCCGCAUUUUAUCAAAUGGUUUGAGCUCAAUAUAACUCAUUCUACAUCUCUUGCUAUCUUAACCCUUCAAGGUGAAACCGCGGCAUAUCUCGUCACACCUUCUUCUUACUAUGCCAUUAUAAUAAUUCACAGGGUCAACUAAGGUGCGCUUCAGAGAUGAAUUCGCAGCUCAACCAUACAUUUUCUUCCCCUUUUUCUCCAUUUUACUAUUCUCAGACUCUUCUGGUUGUGGCACCACUGAAAGUUCGAUGCUUUCGAAGAAGCUCCGGACCGGCCCCGGUCCCCGGAGUCUCUGUGAAGAAAUUAACGAGUAAAGCGCCGAUUCCACGCCGUGCUAGAAAUUUUUUGAAAACAGUGAGAAGGGAUGCACAGGCUGCACUUUUUGAUUACUUGCAUUGCACUAGAGGGUUCAGUUACCUUGAUUCUGAGCAAAUUAGCAGGAACGCACCUCGUUUUCUCAGAUACUUGGUGUCAAAGAUAAAGCGAGAUGAGAAGGACGUGACGGGAGCUUUAACGCGUUUCUUCAGGUACCAUCCCAUUAAUGAGUUUGAACCUUUUCUUGAGAGUUUGGGUUUAAGCCAAUAUGCUGUUGCUUCCUUACUUCCCGAUAACAUGAUGUUCUUGACUGAUGACACCUCCUUGCUUGAUAACUAUCAUGUUCUGUUUGAUUAUGGUGUUCCUCACACUAAGAUUGGGAAGAUUUUUAAGGAAGCUGGUGAGGUAUUUAGGUAUGGCUAUGGAGUGUUAAAUAUGAAAUUAAGGGAUUUUGAAAAUUUAGGCUUAUGUCAAUCCACAGUCAUUAACCUGGUGAUUUGCUGCCCUAAUCUCUUGCUUCCUGGGAAGAAAGAUGAAUUCAUUGUGGUUCUUGAUAAAUUGAAAGAUAUAGGGUUUGAAAGUGAUUGGAUUGUGAGUUGCCUUUCCAGCAAACACACUUACAACUGGAGUAGAAUACAUGACACAAUGUGUUUCCUUAGUGAAAUUAGUUAUAGCAAUCCACAGAUGAUCACUCUGGUCAAGGCAAAUCCGCCUUUGUUAUUCGAAGGGAGUCGAGCUUACUUAUUGGUAACCCAAUUAGUGAAGUUGGGUCUCAGCAGAAACACGAUUUAUCACUGGUUUACGGAAAACCCAAAGAUCCUAACUUUUAAUCACGCGAAACGCAUCUGUAGAGCAAUUAAGUUUCUGCGUGAGAUUGGAAUGGAUAGAGAGAACAUUGCAGGAACUGUAUCUGCAAACAUACAACUGAUUGGCACAUAUCCUCUAAAAUAUCCAAACUUUGUCUUGAAGGAUUUCAAGGGAGAUAGGGCUUGUUUGUCUAAGAUCAUACAAGAAGAUCCUAUGAACCUUCUAAGAUUAGCAUCCGAUUGGGAAACCAAAAGCUUGUGGAAAAGAACUGAACUUUCCAAUUCUUUGCUGAAAAAAGCAUUCUUGUUGAGUUUAGGGUAUGUGGAGAAUUCUGAUGAGAUGAAAAAAGUCUUUAAGUUGGUCGAGGGGAGGGGAGGUCUAUUACAGGAACGGUUCGAUUGUCUUGUAGAAGCCGGUUUGGACAGAAAUGAUGUGGUGCAAAUGUUCAGACGAACUCCAAAGAUGUUGAAUGGUACAAAAGAAGAGAUUCUGAAGAAGAUUGAGAAUGUGAAGAAGUAUUCAUCGUUUGGUGUGGAAUCAAUUGUGCGUUUCCCCACAUUUCUCACCUAUGGUAAUUACAGAAUAAAAUGUAGAUUAUCCAUGUAUGAAUGGGCGAAGCAAAGGGGGGCGUUGAGUCCUACGCUGACAUUAAGCACUAUUCUUGCUUCCACAGAAACACGUUUUUUUAAGUAUUAUGUUAAUGUACAUCCAGAUGGUCCUGCCAUGUGGGAGAGUUUGAAAAAACGAUUUCUUUCAAGCUAAUAAUAAGGGCAUUAGGCCACUCUUUUGGUAUUUCCUUUUUCUACAUCUGCUAUUACAUGCGUAGUCUGUUUGGUGAGCUGAACUAUGCUAAAAUGAGUUGAUAAAGUUACUGGGAUAGCACACUUGAAUUGUUGAACGCGUUACUUAAAUACCUCCUCCAUCCCUCAACUAAAGUACCUAUUUGAUUUUUGCUUCAAACAUGUAUUAUCUGCUUUUUCUUCAUGUUAAUAAUUUCGUUGAAAAAGGUAAUUCUUUUAUUAGUUUUUUACGGUAAGCAAAGGCAGCUAAAACAGAAAAUGAUGUUUUUGAUUAGUUUCCUACACCAUAUUAUUUUUCUAUUUCCAUUCCAAUCUCAAAAAAUUAAAUGCUUUCGUUACAUUCCAUUUCUCCCCAUUAAAUUUCAACCAAAACGGCGGAUUGGUGAGGCAAUUAGCUAACUCGAAAAGAAACAUCACUUAAGCACUUAUUGAGGGGUGAACCCAAAUCUGAACUGGACUCGAAGUGGUGGGCAAAGAAUUGGACCGGUGUCAUAUUUUUCUAGUUCCAUCCACUUCUAAAAUAAGGCCAGAAUUAUAGAUUUUUAUUUUUAACUUAAAAAAGCUAAAACGGAACCCGUCCAGAACUAAUCCAGAAGAAUCACCAAUUUCAUUCCCCUAAUAUCCUUACUCGGAAGGCCGGAAUAGGCCGGUUCAGAACAACCGGCCCGAUUCCACCCUACGUUCAUUGGAGAAACCUAAGAACGGCAACCCGUUUUUAAUCCACCAAAAAGCCGUUGUAGCGUUGUAAGGUUUUCCAAAAAAUGCUUUAUUGUGCCUUUUUGUUAUAAAAGUUGAGUCAAGAUUUGAAGUUGAAAGUUUCAAAAUAACAUUAUGUAGCAGUUUUGAUCCAUUGCUCUCCAUAUGUGUUUAACUGUCCUGAAAGGCGCUCCCUUAUUUUCUCUUAUAAUACUUUUUCCAUCUUAGACUGUUAUAAAAAGGCAAAGAUCAGAUACUCCAUAAAGUUGAAAAAAGCAUCCAAUUUUAAAGGAAGAAACAAACAAACAAAAUGACUUGUAAUGCCCUUCAUUUCUUCACACUCACCAUGAUCAUAUUCUUCUCCACCAUUAUUGUCUCAAAUAGUGCAGAUGCAAGGCCACACUUCAGUCGUUUCUGCGUAAAAGCCAUCGACAAACCCUUCUGCUCAAAGGUUGUGCAUGGAACAAAACCAUGGAAAGAAGCAAUGAAGAAGGCAGUGAAGACAACCCACAGGCACGCAAAGCGCGCUAAGCCAUUGGUUGAGAAUCUCAUAACGAAGCUCCCAUCAACUUUGCCACCAGCCGCAAAAUACUCCAUUUGUGAUACUUGUAAGGACUCGUACGAUUCGGUCAUUCAUGAGCUGCAUGCAUCCAUAGCUGUAGUUAAGAAUGGGGAUAAGAAUGAAAGGUUGAAUCUCAUGUUAUCUGCGGCAUACACGGACCUCGAAGAUUGCUCAAGGGCAUUCCUAGAUUUCAAGGUCCCAACCAAGAAUCAGUUGUUCAAAUCUAAUGAGGUUACUGCUAAGCUUAUUAGCACUUGUUUGGCUGUGGAAAAAGCUAGCCCCAAAUAGAGAGACCUUAGAAUUGUUAUGUAUAAACUAUAAAUUAUUGGUCACUCUCACUGUAAUUCCAUUAGGAGACACUGUAAUUAUUGUUCACGCUGCAGGGAAAAGGGGAAAGGUUUCACCACAAUUCCGGGCUUGUUUGGUUAAAAGAAAAAAGUCUCCCCUUCUCACAUUACUCCUAAGAAUGAAUAUUUAGUGUG